CAGGUCCACUCUGCUCCCUCUGAGGACCUGGCCAUGUUAACAUCAAGCUGAGCUCCUGAGAUGGAGGGAGCAGGGGAGUUUCAGAAAACGGAGUGAGCCGAGGCCACAGAGCCAUGAAGCUGGGCAGACCCCGGGCCACUCUCCUCCCUGCCACCCAAACCAGGGCAGGGCACACCCAGGGACAGGAGGAGCAGAUGUGCCGCACCCACCAACGCAGCGUCUCUCAGUGCAUUUGACCUCCAUUGUUGAUUUCUACCCAGAGGACAUGAGCAGUUUUAGUUUCCAAGGAAUGUAAGUCAGCCCCCGGAAGCUGGGUUGCCCUGAGAUGGGGCUGAAAACAAACACGGGCUGCCUAUAUAAGGACCAGGCGGCCACUGGGCGCCACCUCUGCUGCGAAUCCCAGGUAGGCAAUCUCCCGACUCUCGUGUGCGGGUCUGUCUGUGGGUUUAACUCGUCGGGACCGCUGGGCAUCCACAGGCCCAUCUGAACCAGGGGAGGUCGCACGCCCUGGGGCCACCUGGCUGCUCAGAGGGGGAUCUCAGGAGCCGCCUCAGCGCCCCCAGGUCUCCUGGGACCUUGCCAGCUUAGCCUUAUUGUCCCUCCUCGAGAAACUCAGCACAAGGUCCUCGGGGCCUAGGACAAACGACACGGGGAGUCUGUCUCACUGCCAAGCAUUCCCCCCGCCCGAGCAGUCUUGGUAAAGAGCACACACACCCUCCACCACGCCUACUGCAGGGAGAUGGGCAGAGGGAGCCCCUCUGGUGGGGUGUUAAGAGCCAUUCUCCUCAGCAGUCACGUUCCCAGGUCGGGGUCCCCACACCCUGUCCGCUGGGCUCUGAUGCACAGGGAAGGUGGGGGAUGCUACCCGGAGCCCCUCUCUCCUCCAGGCUCGACUGUCCCCCCGGCUGAGGCCAUGCCCUCCCCGGGGACCAUCUGCGGCCUGCUGCUCCUCAGCGUGACCUGGGUGGACGUGGCCAUGGCAGGCUCCAGCUUCCUGAGCCCUGAACGCCAGAGAGCGCAGAGAAAGGAGUCCAAGAAACCAUCAGCCAAACUGCAGCCCCGGGCCCUGGAGGGCUGGCUCGGCCCGGAAGACGGAAGACAGGCGGGAGGCGGAGAGGACGAGCUGGAGAUCCGGUUCAACGCCCCCUUUGAUGUUGGGAUCAAGCUGUCAGGGGCUCAGUCCCACCAGCACGGCCAGACCCUGGGGAACUUUCUGCAGGACAUCCUCUGGGAAGAGGCCAACGAGGCCCCGGCCAAUGAGUGACCGUCCCUGAGUCCAGCCGCCUCUCCGUUCCCCUCUUGCUCUCAGAAGCGCUCACCUGGCUUCCAGAACGCUCCCUCGACCACUCCCAGCUCUGAGGGGUACCAGCCCAGGAGGUGAAUAAACACUCAAACUGGA